AUGCCUCCAUCUUCAAAGUUCGUUCAUUGCAUUGGGAGCCCAGCUUUUCAGCCAAAUGAACUCAUUGAAGAUAUCGAUCGCCAGAAGCAAGCCUUGGACUUUCUGCUGAAGAAUGACCUCUACAACGCCAGCCGAGUACUGUUUCAACUUCCUGAUCCGGAUACUUACACUUACCAUGCUAUGACAAGUGUAAAACUUGCCCAAGUGCAGCAUGUUGUCAACCUCGGCGGCGUCAAUGGCCUACAUGCCUGGUACCGAAACGAAGAUGGCUCACCUAGAGAUCAACCUAGUCAGGCUGACAUUGAAGCAUAUGUCUCCAUCUACAGGCCAUCAACCGCUACUGCUGCUUUUCUCAAGAACUUGGGAACAAACGCGAAAAAGGGCUCGAUAAGGAGUGAAGUGGCAGCCAACCUGGAGAGAAAGCGAUAUCUGCACCCGGGGCUUGCAGCAACACUCACCAUACCCAAAAGCAAGAAACCGCCUAGUACAAAUCCCUAUCUCGAUUUCUGGAUGUGGGCAUGUCACUCCCUCGAGUGGUGCGGCCCAUGCCCGGCGUCGGAACGUAUUGCUUCUCACCAUGUGCUUCCCAUUUUCAUGCACCACUUUGGCUGCGCGAACCCAACUCACGAAAGUCUGGCCAUGCUGAAAAUCCUUGCCGAUGGACGCGCGAUCGCGGACAUAGGGUCGGGAAAUGGGUACUGGGCAUUCAUGCUCCGCCGUUACGGCCUGACGGUACACGCGGUGGAUAACAUGCAGAGUGAAUGGCGAGUCAACUGGGUCAAUGACACCGUCAUAGCAGAUGGCGUCAAGUGGUUACACAAGAAUGCCAGUGGAAAGGAUAUGGUUCUGUUGCUCGUGUAUCCCGUGGUUGGCGGGGGCGUGGGCGGUGGCACUGAGGGAGGUUUUACUCGGAACCUGGUAGCUGCGUUCGAAGGCGACACUAUCGCGGUUGUGGGCACGCAAAAUCGAAACGGCUAUACCGGUUUCAAGGGCGUGACUAUGGAUGAGUUUAUGGAACGGGAACAUCAAGACUGGACGUUGAUAGCCAAGAUUGGAUUGCCCUCUUUUCCUGGAAAGGAUGAGGCGUUGUAUGUCUUUCAACGCGGCGAAAGAGUACCGCAACAAUAG